UGCUGUCUUGUACAUGGUAACCCACAGGAGUGAAAACUGCUGAAGGACCAAUCAGAACAAUGAAGAUCUUGGUUCUCCUGCUUGCUCUAGCAUACGGGCAUGCUCUAGAGAGAGGCCGAGAUUAUGAAAAGGAUAAAGUCUGCAAGGAACUCUCUGCUCUGGGCAAAGACGACUUCAGAUCUCUAUCACUAGUGCUGUACAGCAGGAAAUUCCCCUCUGGGACCUUUGAGCAGGUCACUCAGCUGGUGAAGCAGGUUGUCUCAUUGACAGAAGACUGCUGUGCCGAAGAUGCUGACCCUAACUGCUACGACGAUAGGACCACAGCACUGUCUGUCCUGUCCUGUGCCAGUGACUCUCCAUUCCCAGAGCACCCAGGAACUGCUGAAUGCUGCACCAGAGAGGGACUGGAAAGGAAACUCUGCAUGGCGGCUUUGAAACAUCCACCGCAGGAAUUUCCUACCUAUGUGGAGCCAACAAACGAUGAAAUCUGCGAGGCUUUCCGGAAAGACCCAAUGGAGUUUGCUGACAAAUUUUUGUAUGAAUAUUCCGUUAACUAUGGACAAGCUCCUCUGCCCAUUCUAGUCAGUUACACCAAGAGCUAUCUCUCCAUGGUAGGGACCUGCUGCACUUCUCCAAACCCAACGGUGUGCUUUCUGAAGGAGAGACUCCAGAUUAAACAUUUAUCGCUCCUCACCACUUUGUCAAAUAGAGUCUGUUCACAGUAUGCUGUUUAUGGGAUGGAGAAAUCAAGACGCAGCCAUCUGAUAAAAUUAGCCCAAAGAGUGCCAACUGCUGAUCUGAAGGAUGUUUUGCCACUUGCUGAAGAUAUUACUAAUAUUCUCUCCAAAUGCUGCGAGUCUACUUCUGAGGAUUGCAUGGCCACAGAGCUUCCUGAACACACCGUAAAAAUAUGUGACAGCUUGUCCACAAAGAAUUCUAAGUUUGAAGAAUGUUGUAAUGAAAAAACACCCAUGGGCAUUUUUGUGUGUACUUACUUCAUGCCAGCCGCCCAGCCCCCUGAACUGCCAGCUGUGAAGUUGCCCACAAGUAAAGAUGUGUGUGAUUCAACAAAUACCAAUGUCAUGGACCAGUAUACAUUCGAACUAGGUAGGAGGACUCAGAUUCCUGAAGUAUUCCUCAGCAAAGUCCUCGAGCCCACCCUGAAAAGCCUCAGUGAGUGCUGUGCCUCUGAAGACUCCACUGCCUGCUUAAAUGCUAAGGGUCCUAAACUGAAAAAGGAGCUAUCUUCCUUCAUUGACAAGGGACAAGAACUGUGCAAAGAUUAUUCUGAAAAUACAUUUACUGAGUACAAGAAAAAAUUGUCACAGCAGCUAAGAGCAAAACUGCCUGAUGCCACAUCAAUGGAACUAGCCGACGUGGUUAACAAACAUUCAGAUUUUGCCUCCAAAUGCUGUUCCAUUAACUCCCCUCCUCUCUACUGUGACUCUGAGAUUGAUGCUGAAAUGAAAAAUGUCCCAAAGUUCUAAUGCAACUGUCUUAUCUUACUUAGGCCUAUAGCUGGACCCACAAUGGGCAAUGACCACCAGGUUUCUGUGGAACCAGCAAGGAUAUGCCCUAUUUCUGUCAAGUCUGAUGUCUUCUUACAAUAAUUUUCCAUCCAAAUAAAAUGACUGCAAACCACAUGCAUGACUGGAA